AUGACUUCCAAUGCUGGAGGCCCGUACGAUAAGAGCCUCCUCAGCGAUGCACCAGCCGUGACUAAACAAAUGCGUCAGGAAGGUUACAACCCCGACAUUCUUCAAGCCCGAGCUCUCCUGAAUGAAAACAAGCCAGCCAACUACUCUCAUGAACAUCUCACUUCGUCCGCAGCAGCAGGAGGUGCACCCAACAACUCAUUGUCGUCCCGAAAACCUUUCUGGCGGACAACGAAAGGAAUGGUCAUAAUCGCUAUCCUUGCUCUAGUCAUUAUCGGGGCAGUUAUUGGAGGUGCCGUUGGUGGGACACAGGCGCAUCGAAAUAAUAAGAACCAGUCUGCGGGUGGAAAUUCAACAGCGUCGAUUCCAGGUGGUAUUGCCCCUAGUAGUAGUACCACGCCUGGUGGGCAAGAAGUUGGACAGCAAUCGACUACCAUGACUGGUUCACCAACAGCUGGGAUUAAUACGACGGGUACGAACACACAAACCUCGUUGACAAGUUCAUCCUCGACGCCGGCUAACGGCGAUACCGGUAUCGUGCAAUCCCGGAGGUGA